AUGGCAAAAAGAACAUUAGGUUUGAGGAAAGCAGCUAAAGCUAAAAAGCAAAAAGUUGAGUCAACGACAACAGAGGAAACCUCAUCACAACCAGUAGAAUCAUCAAAAUCAAAUGAAUUGACAAUUGAAUUACCAGAAGGUACAGAUUCAAAUGAUGAAAUAUCAGAAUUAAAAGGUCUUUAUAAGACAUAUAUAGAUUCAGAAAGAGACAAUGAAUUGAUUGUUAAUGGGAUAAUACAUGAAUGUGAUAGAAUAUUAAGAAAUCAUAAAGAUGAUCAAACAUUACCUCCAAUAUUUUAUAAGAUUUAUUCAAUUGCAUUAAGUGAAUUAACUAAUUUUCAUACUGAUGAUUUAAAACAAAUUAAAGAAUUUUUUGAAGCAAGUUUGGAAAGAAUUGAUGAUGGUUUGGAGAAAUAUCCUAAAGAUAUUGAAUUAUUAUUUACAAAAUCUAAAAUAUUAUUGAAUCAAAUUAUUUUACAAUAUGUUUCACAACUAGAUUUGGAAAGUAAACUAAAAGAAGAUAAUAAUAUUGCUGAGUUAUUGGAUAAUGCAUUAGAAAUAUAUCAACAAGCUGAAGAUAAAGCAGAUGAAUUGGAGAAUUAUGAAGCGUUUAAUAAUGAGGAAUAUUUAGACAUACUAGAAUCAGUUGAUGAUAUUUUGGAAAUUAUUGAUGAUUUUGGUAAAGAAGAAAAGGAAGAGGAAGAAAAAGAGGAAGAAGAAGAAGAAGAAGAGGAACAAGAAGUAUUAGAAUUACCAGAAACACACCCAUUAUACCCAAUUCAAAACACAGACGAAUACAAUGAAUGGUGGAGAGAUCAUACCAUAACUUAUUUAAACAAUUUAAAAAAAUUAUCAACUCCACAACCAAAAUUAUUAAAAACUAUAAAUCAAAGAUUAGGUCAAUCAUUUUUACAAGAAUCAGAAGGUCCAACAAACAUUUAUAUAACUUUAAAAUUUGAUGAUGAUUAUGAAGGUAUUGAAGAAUUAGAAGGAUUAUCCGCUAAAGAAGCAUUAUCAUUAUCUCAAAAUUUAAUUGAAAAAGCCCUUGAACAUUUAAAAGAAGCUAAAGAUGAAGAUGAACCUGAAUCUUGGGUAACUAUUGCUGAAGCUAUGAUUACUUUAGGUAAUUUAUAUGACGUUGAAUCAAAAGAACAAGAUAAUUUAUAUGAAGAAGCUGAGGAGUUGCUAAGAAAAGCUAAUAAUGUAACUAAUGGGAAAUACCAAGAAGCAUUAGAUAAUUUACUAGCAAAAGAUGAAGACGAAGAGUAA